GAUUUUAACAGACAAUACUUCAACUGAACAGUCCCUAAAUAAAGUAUUUGAUCUCUGUGUUGUAUGUGGAGACAAAGCAUCAGGGUCAACGAUUUGAAAACUGGUGCCCUAGUAGGUGUUGACAAAUAUGGAAAUAAAUACUAUGAAGACAAACGGUAUUUUUUUGGUCGACAUAGAUGGGUUGACUAUACUACAGAAAUGAAUGGCAAAAAUACGUUCUGGGACGUGGAUGGAAGCAUGGUGCCACCAGAAUGGCAUCGCUGGCUUCACUGUAUAACUGAAGAUCCUCCAACUACUCAUCCACCUGUUGCUCAUAAAUUCAUUUGGGAGAACCACAGAUUCAAUCUGAGUGGCACUGCUGGGCAGUAUGUCCCUUACUCUACAACACGUAAAAAGAUACAAGAGUGGAUCCCACCCACGAUGGCUAAGAAAUAAUUAAAAAGCCUGAAACUAAGUUCUCAUUGUAAACUGUACAUGCAUUGUUUUGUUGGUUUAAAAUAAAAGCCUCUGACAAAGUUA